AGCCGACUCAAACAUAGAUUUUUGUCAAACAGCAUAUCCUUUCCUUUGUCUUGACCUGUUUCUUUCUUUCACCCACAAAUACUCUCUUCUUCCGAAACCAUAACACAAAAAGAAUACUACAUUAUAGUAGUUUUUUUCUACUAAUUUUAACUUAUUUAUUUAUAUCAUAAUCAAAAGAACAAACAAGAGUGUUUGUUUAUUCUUGUUAUUUUAAUUAAUUAAUUUUCAACAAUGGAUUUGGUGUUCGCUCCAAAACCCCACAAUUUGAUUCUGAAAGCACCUUCUUCAUUUCACUUUCUUCCAACCAAGUUCCACUCUUUGCGUCCUCUCUCUGCUUCUAAACAUGUCAAGAUUCAAUGCGAACUUGAAGGCAAAAUCAAUGGUUCUCUUUCUGCUGAUUUUGACGCUCGCUUUGUUGAUAGGCAAAAGGCACUGGAAGCAGCAAUGAACGAUAUAAACAGCUCUUUCGGAAAAGGUAGUGUUACGAGAUUGGGCAGUGCUGGUGGAGCUUUGGUUGAAACUUUUCCCAGUGGAUGUUUGUCUUUAGACUUUGCAUUAGGUGGUGGUCUUCCAAAAGGAAGAAUUGUAGAGAUAUAUGGACCAGAAAGCAGUGGGAAGACCACCCUAGCACUUCAUGCAAUUGCAGAAGUACAGAAAUUAGGAGGCAAUGCAAUGCUUGUUGAUGCAGAACAUGCUUUUGAUCCAGCAUAUUCUAAAGCGUUAGGAGUUGAUGUAGAAAAUUUAAUCGUGUGCCAACCAGAUCAUGGAGAGAUGGCUCUUGAGAUCGCAGAUCGUAUGUGUAGAUCUGGUGCCAUAGAUCUCAUUUGCGUGGACUCCGUCUCAGCUCUUACUCCCCGAGCAGAAGUUGAAGGUGAGAUUGGAAUGCAGCAAAUGGGAUUGCAGGCUCGUCUUAUGAGCCAAGCUUUGCGUAAGAUGUCUGGAAAUGCCUCUAAAGCCGGUUGUACUCUUAUAUUUUUGAACCAAAUACGAUAUAAGAUUGGUGUCUAUUAUGGAAAUCCUGAAGUAACAAGUGGUGGAAUUGCAUUGAAGUUUUUUGCAUCGGUUCGGCUAGAAGUUCGUGGUAUAGGGAAGAUAAAGUCGGCCAAAGGAGAUGAAGAAAUUGGCCUUAAAGUUCGUGUAAGAGUGCAAAAGAGCAAGGUUUCAAGGCCGUACAAAGUAGCUGAAUUUGAUAUUUCAUUUGGAGAGGGAGUCAAUAAGCUGGGUUGCAUUUUAGAUUGUGCAGAAAUGAUGAAUAUUGUCUUAAAGAAGGGCUCUUGGUACAGUUAUGGGGAGCAUCGGUUAGGACAGGGAAGGGACAAAACAUUGCAGUACUUGAAGGAGAACACACACCUUCUAGAAGAAGUUGAAAAGGUUGUUCGGUCUUCAAUGAACGAUGGAACUAACCAAAUGAGCUUUACACACACGAAGAAUAGUCCAUUGCUUCAUCAAGACGAAGAUAUAUUUGAGGAAAGUCUAUGAUGUGGAAGUUGAUUUCCCUUUUGGUUAUAGAUUGCAGGUUUACAGAAUUGGAAAUAUUCUUUCUUCAACAAAAAUGGAACAGGAGGUGGUUUUAAUGAUUAAAUUAUUUAUUUUUUUCAUCCUGUUCCAUUGGUAAAAUGUUACACAAACUGGUGAGAUAUGAAGAAUGGUGAAACAAAAAAAAAAAAAGAAGGUAAAAUUGAAAUUAAAAGGGGUACUAAUUUUUGUUUUGUGUUUUUUUUUUUCCAAUGUUAUUUAAACCAGUUUGGUUAAGUUAGUUACAGGAACUUUGACUCCACUAGUUUAAUGGUCCCUCAUUAGAUCUUGGUCGGGUGUAUAUUGUGUAUCUUUUUCUUCCUUAUUUUAGUGUUAAAUUUAAGUUUGUCU